GUCAUGCUAAUGUAUUUUUUAUAGCUGGAUUGUUUGUCUUUCAUUUGAAUCGCUCACUUACUGUAACUCACAUCAGGGAAUGCAAGAUUAUUCUUGAUAAUAUGUGUAUAGUUCCUUAAAAAGUUUCUUUCCAGCCGUUUUAUUCACUUGCCAAUGUUUAGUCUCAUUUGGUUCUCGAUGAGUGUUCAUUUUGACCUCUGCUUACAUGUUCUUUAUACCUUUCUUACACGCUGUUCUUUUUUCUGGCAGGCUGUGAGGCUGAAACACAACAUGCGUGUGUUUGAUGUCCAUCUAAAGCAGGCGGAGGAAACAACAGCGGCCCUGCGGCUCUCAACUCCUCCGUGUGCGUGUGUAAUAUCACUUACUCUGUGUGUGUGUGUGUGUGUGUGUGUGUGUGUGUUUUAAUAGUCCACCUGGGCACAGUGUGUCGGUACAACUCGCCUGCUCACUCGCUCCGCUCAUCAGUCCAUCUGCAGUUACUGCUUGGCUCAAGAAACAUCAGAUGCAGCAAGCGCUGCGUGCAUUUAUAGAUCAUCAGCUCGGUCUCCUGGAAAGACGGACCAGACGGACAAACAGGAAGCAGCUGUUGCCAGGGAAACAGGCUGCGGAGCGUGGGAGAGAUUGUGAGCUGCAGACGUUUCAGGUGCCGUCGUGUGCGAGCAAACAUGAGCUGACCAGUGGAGUGGCCAUCGCACAUGUGCUCAACAAAAUAGACCCAUCGUGGUUUAAUGAAACGUGGCUCAGCAGGAUAAAAGAGGAGGGUGGCACAAACUGGAGGCUGAAGGUCAGCAACCUCAAGAAGAUUCUUCAGAGCAUGAUGGAGUAUUAUCAUGACGUGUUGAGUCAGCAAGUGUCCGAAGAGCACGUCCCGGACGUGUGUCUGAUCGGUGAGAUGGGGGACGUGACUGAACUGGGCCGGUUGCUGCAGCUGGUUCUGGGCUGCGCCGUCAGCUGCGAUCACAAACAAGAGCACAUUCAGCAGAUCAUGACGCUGGAGGAGUCAGUGCAGCACGUGGUGAUGGCGGCCAUACAAGAGCUGCUCACCAAAGAGCCUGUGCAGGGACCAACUCCAGAGUCGUACGGGGACUUCGACAGUCAGUCCAGGAAGUAUUAUUUUCUGAGUGAAGAGACCGACGACACGUCCCAGCGCUGCCGAGAGCUCCAGCAACAGCUGUCGGUUCUGACAGAGGAGAAGUCCUCUCUGCAGCUGGAGGUCCAGUCUCUGCGGGAGCGUCUGACCCACUGCGAGCCGACCGACGUCUCCUCCACCAUCACCAACAAGAAGCUUCUGCUCCUGCAGAGUCAGAUGGAGCAGCUGCAGGAGGAGAACUACAGGCUGGAGAGCGGUCGAGAUGACCAGCGCGUGCGAGCAGACGUUCUGGAGCGAGAGGUGACGGAUCUGCAGCUGAGGAACGAGGAGCUCACCAGCCUCGCUCAGGAGGCCCAGUCCCUCAAAGACGAGAUGGACAUCCUCAGGCACUCGUCUGACCGCGUGAGCCGCCUGGAGGCAAUGGUGGACACGUACAAGCGCAAGCUGGAGGAUCUGGGGGAUCUGCGGCGGCAGGUGCGCCUGCUGGAGGAGAGGAACCACGUGUACAUGCAGCGCACCUGCGAGCUGGAGGAGGAGCAGCGCAGGGCCAACACCAUCCGCUCGCAGCUCGACUCCUACAAGAGACAGGCUCACGAGAUGAGCGCCAAACACUCGGCCGAGGCCAUGAAAGCAGAGAGGUGGCAGUUUGAGUACAAGAACCUCAACGACAAAUAUGAGACCCUUCUGAAAGAGAGAGAGAAGCUGAUAUCUGAGCGAGACACGCUGAGAGACACGACUGACGAGCUGAGAUGUGCUCAAGUGCAGCAGCAGUGUUUAACAGAUUCUCUGAGUGGAGAUUCAGGAGCGUUUGGCAGCCUGGCAUCAGAAAUCAUGCCAACAGAGUUCAGGGAUACGGUUGUGCGUCUGCAGCAGGAGAAUAAGAUGCUGUGUGUUCAGGAGGAGUCGUACAGACACCGACUGGAGGAGCUGCAGACUCAGCUGGAGGAGUCACAGCGCUGCCAGAACACACUGGAGACUCACAACAGGUUGAGUCAGCAGCAGAUCUCAGAGCUGGUUUCUCAGAUCGAGGAGCUGCAGAGAGCUUUACAGGAGCAGGACAGCAAAACUGAGGACUCGUCGCUGUUAAAGAAGAAGCUGGAGGAGCAUCUAGAGAAGCUCCACGAGGCUCACACUGACCUGCAGAAGAAGCGAGAGGUCAUCGAUGAUCUAGAGCCGCCUGCGGACAGUAACAUGGCGAAGAAGGUCGAUGAGCUGCAGGAGAUCCUGAAGAAGAAGGAUGAAGACAUGAGACGAAUGGAGGAGAGAUACAAGAGAUACGUGGACAAAGCUCGCACGGUGAUUAAGACUCUAGAUCCAAAGAAAAAGAGUAACACGGUUCCUGUUGAAGUUCAGGCCCUGAAGAACCAGCUGACAGAGAAAGACAGGAGGAUACAACAUAUGGAGCAUGAUUUUGAGAAGAGUCGCUCCAGACACGACCAGGAGGAGAAGCUCAUCAUCUCGGCCUGGUACAACAUGGGAAUGGCUCUUCACCAGAAGGUUGCCGGGGAGCGAUCCGGCUCAGGUUCGGCUCAGUCCUUCCUGGCCCAGCAGAGACAGUCGACACACGCGCGCAGAGGCCUGGCCCGUCUGCAGCCCAGAUGAACACACACACACACACACACACACACACACACGACAGUUGCCUAAUCCUGACUUCUCUUUCAGCACUUUGUGAUCGUCCUGCUGAGAACGUAGAUUAUGAUUAUUUUAUCAUCUUUUAGAUCAAGUUUUGUUUAUUUUUAGCUGACCCAAGCGUCAGUAUGUAGUUGUGUCUUAUUUUAGUGUUAGUUGGGCUGGAGGAACGAACGGGGUUUAUUGAAGUAGAUCAAAGUUUUGAUUUUUUUUAAUGAUGUUUUGAGGGUUUUAUUAAUGUUGUACGGUAGCUUUCUGUGUUCAUCAGGGUAACAGUGCAUGUGUGAAUGCACUUAAAACACACUCAGUGCCUUCAAUCAUCCAUCCUCUGACAGCUGUCAAUCAUCUGUGUGACAACUCAUCACAAACCAAACUCAAUGCUGGAUGCCUUGAAUGCAUUGAACAAAUGAAGUGCUUUUUAUAUGAAUAAUUCUCAUUUAAUCAUAGUUUGAUUAUGUGUCUGAUUAAAUGUGAAUGUGGAGCUGGAAACGACACUAAUCUGAGAUGAACUGCUGGAGGAUUUUCUACCCGCACAUGUUGUCAUUUGCAUGUGAAAACUGUUGCUGCUUUGCCAUUUUUAUAAUGGUUGUUUUUUAACUUCACCAAAGUCUGCUGCUGAAGGACGGAUCCUGUAGCUUCUAUUUAUUGAUCUUCACUACUGUAUGUUCAGAAACACUACUGAUCUCACCCUUAUCAGUCCAAACACAGGUUUGCUCCUCACUUCAGAGGUACGGUCUCCAGAUGUGUGUGUGUUCUGCAGUUUUCCACUGUUUUUUUUUUUUGUUGCUCUGAAUGUUCAGUCACAGAGAUGAUGUUCUGUUUGUGUUUUAUCACAGUGUUUUCAUUGUUCGGUCAUGUUGUCGGUGUUGGACUGAUGGGGUCGGUACAUAAAUAAAUCACUUUAAUCUCACUGUCCUUCUCUUUGCACUACAAUAAACGAGAUCAUUGGUACAAACAUAA